AUGCCACCAAAACGAACCCAGCCUCUCUCCCCCUCUACCUCCACUGCUACCCCCUCCUGCACCCAGUCUGUAACCGACCUUAGUGGUGUGCUUGAUGGUGUGACUAUCAGAUCAAAGCGUCUUCGAGAGGAGGAGUGCAUGACUGACUUCAUGGGUGGCAUGAUGAACCUCCUGAGGGAAUUCAAAAAUGAGCAAAAUCGAAAAUUUGAUGCCCUCCGGGAUUCUAUUUCCGGGAUACAGGUACAGCAGAAAGAGAAGCUUAACUACUUACAGCAAAUUACAGAUGAAAUAAGGAAGCAAAAUGAUGCUAUUGAUCUCGAGAAUAACGAAUUAAAAGAGAAAGUGCAAAAAAUAGAAAGCACUGCUUACAUACGUACCCUGGAGAACAAGAUUGAGGUCAUGGAGCGACAAGUUAGAUGCUCAAGUAUUGAGAUUCGCAAUGUGCCGGUGAUGAAAUCAGAAAGCAAAGAAGACCUUCUAAAUAUUGUACUGAGCAUAUCGACUGCCCUGAAUGUAAAAGCCUCUGCUUCGGAUAAUUCUGGCUUAGUAAAGUUGUUAAUGUCCCUGUACUACAAGGCUUUAAUUCUCACUGUUCCAAUUGGCACAAUCAGAACGAUGGUGUCAUUACGUUUAUUAAAGAAGAAAUGA